AUCUCCAGGCUCUCCCCGCCGGCCGGCCGGCCCCCACUGCCCAUGACGACAGAGCGCAGCUAGCGAGGUGACGUCACGAGCGUGGACCGCAAGCGGCCUCCGGACAGUGCGCUGUUAUGUCGUGACGGGGGCCGGCGACACAAGUGGAGGACGCGAGCGGGCAGCUGGCGACAACAGGAAACAUCUGAAAACCAUGUUGGAAACUAUUGACACUCAUCGUGCCUUGCAGGCAGUAGACCGCCUGCAGGUCAAGGUUCGAGAUCGUGGCGAUAUAGCAAAUGAGGAAAAGUUGUGUUUAUUAAAGUCCGUGUUACAAAGUCCUCUCUUCAACCAAAUUUUAAGCUUACAGUCUUCAAUUCACCACAUAAGAGAACAGGUGAAUGCCACACCAACUGGAUCAUCAGGAACAGAAUUUGCACAGAUCUCUCCAUUUGGAUCAAGCUCUCUUUCAACACAGACUGAGCCCUACCCAUUGGCCCAACAGAAUGGUAGUCAAUUUAACUCUGAGGAAACUUUUGUACCAUCUUCAUUUCCUCAGAUCAACGGCAAACAGGCUAAUGAGGAUUUUGACCAAAUUGUCAAACGGAUGGCUCAAAGUCGUCAGAUGGAAACACUGGACCUGGAUAAACCUGCAAGCGGUAGCCUUGGGUUUAGUGUUGUUGGCCUUAAGAGUGAGAACCGAGGAGAACUUGGGAUAUUUGUACAGGGCAUUCAAGAUGGAGGUGUUGCUCAUAGGGAUGGACGGUUGAAGGAAUUUGAUCAGAUUCUCUCCAUUAACGGUCAACCUCUUGAUCAAACAAUUACACAUCACCAAGCUAUUCACUUACUGCAGCGGGCAAAGGAUUAUGUGCAGAUGGUGAUUGCAAGAGGCCCAUUACCCCAACUAGCUAGUCCUGUGGUAUCUCGCACGCCAUCUGAUGCCAGCACCGUGUCGGCACUUUCAAGUCCUAUGAACUGGCAGCAUGUGGAGACUAUAGAACUGGUAAAUGACGGCUCAGGUUUGGGCUUUGGAAUUGUUGGAGGAAAAUCAACUGGAGUUAUAGUGAAAACCAUUCUACCAGGGGGAGUCGCAGACCAGCACGGUAGGCUGCGCAGUGGAGACCAUAUAUUAAAAAUAGGUGAGACAGAUCUUGCUGGAAUGGGCAGUGAACAGGUUGCCCAGGUUUUGAGGCAGUGUGGAAACCGUGUAAAGCUGGUUGUUGCCCGAGGCUCUUUGGGGGAUCCGACUUCAGUGGUCUCUACUGGGAUUCAGACGCCUCCAUUAACAACUUCUACACCGGAACUGCAGGCUAAUGUUGGAAUAAAAAGAGAUACUGGCAGUGAAACCUUUGACGUCAAACUAUCCAAGAAUACUCAGGGCUUAGGAAUAACUAUUGCCGGUUAUGUUGGUGACAAAAAUGCAGAGCCCUCUGGUAUUUUUGUGAAAAGCAUUACGAAAGGCAGUGCCGUGGAGCAGGAUGGAAGGAUCCAUGUUGGCGAUCAGAUCAUUGCUGUUGAUGGAACCAAUCUCCAGGGUUACACCAACCAGCAAGCUGUGGAAGUUUUGCGUCACACAGGGCAGACUGUCCACCUAACAUUAAUUCGGAGGGGAAAAAAACAAGAUGUCGUCUGUCAUCAAACUGAAGAAUGUGGCAGAUCAAUUGACCAAACUGUGGCAUUAGAAAAUGUAGAGGAUGACCAAGAAAAUGGGACUCCACUGCUAUCAUCAGUGAUCAGUACCACUGCCAAGCAGCCUGCAUCAAAAGGGAAAAGCGGACAAACAGAAGAUGAAUGUAUCCCGACCUUAACUGAGGAAGAUGCUCUCAGAAACAAGUGGCAAAGAAUUAUGGGUGACAAUUAUGAGAUUGUGGUUGCACAUGUUAACAAGUUCAGUGAAAGCAGUGGCCUGGGCAUAAGCCUUGAAGCUUCUGGUGGUCAUCAUUUCCUGAGAUCUAUAUUACCAGAAGGCGCUGUUGGACGAAGUGGAAAACUCUACAGUGGGGAUGAAUUGCUGGAAGUAAAUGAAAUAACUCUCCUGGGCGAAAAUCAUAAAGAUGUGGUGAAUAUCUUAAAGGAACUGCCAAUUGGCGUGACUAUGGUAUGCUGUCGCCCAGUACAACAGGAUGCCAGCCCACUUAAUGCUGAAGAACCAUGCGUUUCUGAACAAGACAUUCAUCUCAUUGAUAAGGAGGAUGAGUUUUCUAAUACCCAGUUAUCCACUCUCUGGAAAAUACAAGAAGAUGAUCCUUUAAUUCCUAGUCUAAUAUGCAGCAAUGAAUCCCAGCUUCAAAUCGACUUUGGUGGUACCAUCGGCUCCUCGGAAACUGAUGACUUAAUCAUGCCGCAAGGUGACGAAAGUCCGAGCGUUGAAGAUACACCCGGAUCACCCUUGGCAAUGUGGGAGACUGAAAUUCAGAACAUUGAACUUGAGAAGGAAAGCCUAGGGCUUGGUUUCAGUAUAUUGGAUUAUCAGGAUCCCAUUGACCCAGCGAGCACAGUGAUCGUCAUCCGGUCUCUAGUGCCUGGAGGAGUUGCAGAGCUAGAUGGCCGACUUUUGCCUGGUGACCGCCUGAUGUUCGUCAAUGACAUCAAUCUGGAACAUGCCACCCUGGAGGAGGCUGUUCAGGCACUUAAAGGUGCCCCAACAGGAACAGUUAACAUUGGAGUUGCCAAACCUCUGCCAAUAUCCCCUGAAGAAGGCUAUAUCUCUGCUAAGGAUGACUCUGCUUUCUACACUGCACACUCAUAUGAUGAGGAAGGGUCCAGUGAUGCUCCUCUUUUCCAUGCUGAGCUAGCUUUGGUGGAGACCAAUGAUGCUGACCUACCAGGAGAAUGUAGUUUAGAAUCUCGCUUUCCUCUUGAUGAUGAUGACCGCUCUCUUCAGGCUUCUAUGUUAGCCUUGCAUGGCAGUGCCUGUAAUGAUGACCUCCUUAAUGUCUUCAGCGAUUGUUCCUUGCAGGAUGUCUCUAAGGAAGAUGACAGCUUUCAUUCAGCACCGGAAGUCCAAACUGGAAAGCUAGCUCUUCAAAAGUCCACUCUAACGUCUGAACUUUGGGCUACAUCAGCAUCGGUUCUGGAUUUUAAGUUGCCUGCCAAAGAUUUAUAUAACCUUAAUCUUAGCCCAGCAGAAGAUGCUAAAAAAACUGGAAUGAAUAUUGGUGGUUCUUCUGAUUUUAAGGAGCCUUCAGGAGAUGGUGGUCUUGACAAGCGGUUUGAAUGCACAUCAUCUGGCUUUGGAUCUGAAAUGCAGUCAUCUGGUUCAUGGGCUCAGUUAAAGACCCAUGGAACCGCCACCACUGCUGUCCUUCCUGACUCUCUCUUAAAGGCUGCUGGAUAUUCAUCUGGGAGAGAAUGCACCGAAGCCAGUGAAGAUUGUAACACCAAAACUGUCAUUAAAAACACCUUUGAGAAAACAAUUACUGUAACCAGAGGAAACUGCAGCCUCGGUAUGACUGUAAGCGCUAAUAAAGAUGGCUCCGGUAUGAUUGUCCGCAGUGUUAUAAAUGGAGGGUCAAUAAGUCGUGAUGGUAGAAUUCAUGUUGGAGACUGUAUACUGGCAAUCAAUGAUGAGUCUACUACCAACCUGACCAAUGCCCAGGCACGGGCUAUGCUGCGAAGGCAUUCCUUACUCGGCCCUGAUCUAAGAUCUUCUCCCGCUCCUGCUGAUGAUCAGGCCCCAUUUUAUGUCAUUACAUAUGUUCCAAGUGAGAAUUUGGAAGAAUAUCGAGCAAGUGUGGGGCAGCUGAAGGAAGGAACCGUGCCACUAAAUGUAUUUACUGCCCAGAACAAUAGUGAUGCCCCAGAGCUGCCUGAGCGUGAAGAGGGAGAAGGGGAGGAAAGUGAACUGGAACAUACUGCAUUCAGCAACUGGAAUAAUCCAAGAAGGGUUGAGCUUUGGAGAGAGCCUGGGAAAUCACUGGGGAUCAGCAUUGUUGGUGGCAGAGGCAUGGGGAGUCGCUUAAGCAAUGGGGAAGUAAUGCGAGGAAUCUUCAUCAAACAUAUUCUAGAGGACAGUCCGGCAGGGAAGAAUGGAACCCUAAAAACUGGAGAUAGGAUUGUUGAGGUGGAUGGCAUUGACCUCAGAGACGCUAGUCAUGAGCAGGCAGUAGAGGCAAUAAGAAGAGCUGGAAAUCCUGUCAUCUUUGUGGUUCAGAGUAUCAUCAGCAGACCCAGACCUGAAUCUCUGUAUUGCUCUCCAUCUGCCUCUGCUUUCAGGGGGCAACCACAUACUAACCCCUUCUCUCACAACUCCUCCAAGACGCAAAGCUCACCUUUACAGAGCACAUUUGGUACUAAACCUCUCUUCAGAUGCACUAACCCAUUUGCUGAUCCUUCUCAGUUCUCCACUAACAAGGGCACAAUGAAUCCGGUUAGAAUUGCUUUCCGUUGUUCCCCAACUAACCCCUUUGCUCCCACGCCAUUUAAGGCAUCUAGUAAUUCGGAUUCAGACUCUGAAAAGGCAACCCUUUCCAGUGCAGUUACUGCACCACUGACCUCAAUGAAUUCUGACAAUGCUCAGCUAGGCACUACUACUUUCAACGGAGAUCCCGAAAAAGAAGACGAGUUUGGCUACAGCUGGCGAAAGAUAUCACAGCGGUAUGGAAACCUGCCAGGAGAGUUGCAUAUGAUAGAGUUGGAGAAAGGGAAGACUGGAUUGGGCCUGAGCCUUGCUGGAAACAAAGACCGAUCACGAAUGAGCGUCUUCAUCGUGGGGAUUGAUCCAAAUGGAGCAGCUGGCAAAGAUGGCCGGUUGCAGAUUGCCGAUGAGUUAUUAGAGAUUAAUGGGCAAAUAUUAUAUGGAAGAAGUCAUCAGAAUGCCUCAUCUAUCAUCAAAUGUGCACCAUCUGAAGUUAAAAUAAUCUUUAUCAGGAAUAAAGACGCUGUAAGCCAAAUGGCGGUGUGCCCCGUGAAAACGGCUGAGCUGUGCCCUUCCAACUCUUCCGCCUUUCCAAGUCAAGAGAAUGAUGAGAAUGUUUCAACUCCGAUGAAUUUCAGCUCCUUUAAAAAUGUCAUCCAUGUGAAUUUGCCAAAGGACCAAGGGGGCCUAGGCAUUGCCAUCAGUGAAGAGGAUACUGUUAAUGGAGUAGUUAUUAAAAGUUUAACUGAUUAUGGUGCAGCAGCGAAGGAUGGGCAAAUUAAAGUGGGCGACUGUAUCUUGGCCGUAGAUGAUGAACCAGUGGUGGGUCACCCUAUUGAGAAGGUUGUUGGUCUUCUUAAGAAAUCAAAAACGAAUGUGAAGUUGACAAUAAGUUCUGAUGAAAAGGACACCCACCAAAACCAUGUUUUACCGCUGUCUACAUUCGCCUCCGGUGUUGCUGAGAAAAGAAGCAGCCAGCCGUGUCUACCACAUAUCAGCCUUUCGGAGCCAGAAGCUGUUCAUAAUGCUAGUCGGUCAUCAACUCCAGCUACAUUUCCUUCCGAUCCAACCACAUGUCCAAUUAUACCCGGAUGUGAAACAACAAUUGAAAUAUCCAAAGGGAGAACAGGUCUGGGACUGAGCAUUGUUGGAGGUGCAGACACUUUGCUGGGUGCCAUUAUAAUUCAUGAAGUGUAUGAAGAAGGUGCAGCUUCCAAAGAUGGGCGGUUGUGGGCUGGUGACCAGAUUUUAGAGGUCAAUGGUAUUGAUCUAAGAAAUGCCACACAUGAUGAAGCCAUAAAUGUGCUAAGACAAACACCACAAAAAGUCCGCCUGAGCGUAUACCGGGACGAGGCACAGUAUAAGGAAGAGGAUAUGUAUGAUAUCGUAACUGUGGAGCUUCAGAAGAAACCAGGGAAAGGCCUUGGCUUAAGCAUUGUGGGGAAGAGGAAUGAUACUGGAGUAUUUGUCUCCGAUAUUGUGAAAGGAGGUAUAACAGAGACAGAUGGAAGACUGAUGCAGGGGGAUCAGAUAUUAACUGUGAACGGAGAGGAUGUGAGGAACGCUACCCAGGAAGGUGUGGCAGCACUCUUGAAGUGUUCCUUAGGUACCGUAAAGCUAGAAGUCGGAAGAAUUAAAGCUGGGCCUUUCCACUCUGAAAGGAGGACUUCACAGAGCAGUCAAGUCAGUGAUGGCAGCAGUAGUCUUACAUCUUUCAAUUUUCCACCUGGUUCUUCAGCAGCUGAGUCACUUGAGAAUACCUCCAAAAAGAAUGAAACUCCUGACAUCCAAGGACUACGGACAGUUGAAAUCAUAAAGGGCCCUUCAGAUUCCCUGGGUAUCAGCAUUGCUGGUGGAGUUGGCAGCCCUCUAGGAGAUGUACCAAUUUUUAUAGCCAUGAUGCAUGCAAAUGGAGUUGUGGCCCAAACACAAAAACUAAGGGUUGGUGACAGGAUUGUUAGUAUUUGUGGGACAUCGACUGAAGGAAUAACUCACUCUCAGGCUGUCAGCCUCCUGAAGAAUGCCACGGGCACAAUCGAGCUGCAGGUUGUGGCCGGGGGAGAUGUGAGCGUGGUCACUGGUCACCAACAGGAACAUGUGGGCACAGCAGUUAGCUUUUCUGGACUUGCUUCAAGCAGCAUAUUGCAAGAUGAUUUGGGGCCUCCUCAGUACAAGACAAUCAUUCUCGAGAGAGGACCAGACGGACUGGGCUUCAGUAUUGUCGGGGGUCAUGGGAGUCCACAUGGUGACCUCCCCAUUUAUGUGAAGACUGUUUUUAGCAAGGGGGCAGCCUCUGAAGACGGUCGCCUGAACAGAGGGGACCAGAUCAUUGCUGUGAAUGGACAGAGCUUGGAAGGUGUGACUCAUGAGGAAGCAGUUGCUAUCCUGAAGAGGACGAAAGGAACGGUUACGCUUACUGUGCUGUCCUGAGCUCUCUACCGUCACCUUUCAGGGCCCAUUUGUGUCCCCUCAGCACUUUCCCCUGUGAAAGUACAUAAAGUUGUAGGACCCCUACUAUAGGUCAGCCGUGUGUCUGGGAGAAUGUUUACCUAGCUGCUGUCAUUUAACACACCGAUUUACAUUGCAGAGACAAAUGAGUACGUUAUAGCGUAUUCAGCUGAAUGACUCCUGGAGGCCAAGUUCUAAUAGCUCUUUCUUUAACCACAAAGGAAGUAUUUUAAUAGCGUAGAUCUACUAUGCUUAGAACAAAUGUGUGAAGAGCAUGGAACUUGGCAACAGAACAGGUCAAGAAAAUGGCUUUCUCUCCAAAAACAAACAAGCUGUAGAUUUACGUCUAUUUUUCUAGUUGCUGUGUUUGACUGUGCUUUCAUGUCUUUUGUACCACUGACUUGCUGCUAUAUGGCCUGUGAACAAAUGAAUGUUUUGCGUUUUAGUGUCUGAGUGUACACUGGAAAAAUGAAGAUUUAUUUUACCAUAAUUUUAUUAUAAAAUCUAUAUUUUCUGUUGGCCAAAAUAGGUUGCAUUUAGAUUUAAGGAUUCCAACUUCUCCUAUACAAAUCUAUCGCUGAGAUUUCCCCUAUACUAGUAGUCUGCUGUGCAGAUGUGGCUAUCAGCCAUGCAGAGUUCAGUAUCUUCUCAGAAGCAAAGCUUGGUAUUGUGGUUUGAUCCCCUAGUUGCCCAUACCAUAAUAGUAAAGUCAGCGGGACUGGCAAACUAGCUUAUGAGCAUAAGGGUGUGCAGGCUCUUCCCUGAUGUGGGGGAGGGGUGGGAGGAGUUCAGGCAUGGAACAUUUGAAUGCCCUAUCCUUUUUGUUCUCAAGUGAGAUACAUUGCCUCCAGAGGCAUCUCUAGCUGUGGCUUGCUUUUCCUCUUUGUUAUUGGGUGAGGGUCGGGGGGGAUUAGUCAAUUGACCGUGCAUGGGCACCUUAAGUAAUGACCCCUUCUUAAUGUAUUAUGUUUUGGGUGUUUCAUUAUCUAAUGUAGUGUCUCUAAAUUUUAUUGCUAAUGGAGAAACCCUAAACAUGUUUCUGCUCCUGUUGAAUCCCUACUACUAGUCCAACCUGAAAGAAACUGGUGUAGAGGUGAGGUAGGCAUUCUGUAUUCCAACUGAGAUUUCCUGCCCCUAUGCCAAGCUUCUUUAGACAGACUCAAGUCUUGUUUUUGUAUGUUCUAAAGAACCCUGACUUGGGAAACCACUGUCUACAAUAGGUUACAGUAGGGAAUGUGUCACCAACUUGUUUGUGCUAGUUAAAACCAUAGAACAACUUACAGCCUUUUUUUUUCUCAUCUGUUUUUAAUUUCUGAGUACAGAUUUUUUUAUUCUAUUUCCUGAACAUUAUUUUGGAGGUUGCCAACUUGACUAAGCUGUUCUUAACAGCAUUUAGAAAGCAUUUAAAGAAUUGCUUUACGGCAGCUCCAUGGUCCAUAAACACAAUGGUCAGGUGGGGACCUCAUUGACUUCUAUAGGAGAGUUUUCUAGACGUGGUCUGUGACCUGUGCAGGGAUCAUUGUACAGGGAGGGAAUAGAUAAGCAUCAGCAAUCACCUGUUGUGAAUGGUGGAUCAUGUGUUAUCUGUACACAGAGUUGAUGUAUGCCAUUAUAAACCUGCCUGUAAUGAUAAGCAGAUAACUGCACUGUUAUCUGUAUCUGUACAGACCAAGGAGGUGCACCUGUUAGGUCUAAUGGCCAGAGCAAAAACUAUAGGAUUUUAUGGUUUUUAUUGACAUAUAGAUAUUGACAUGGAAAAUUAAAAAUAACAUCACCCAAUUUUUUUUAAAAAUACGUUAAACAUAAAAACCUGAUGGGUCCUUUUCUGAUGACACAUUCCCUUUAACUGUGAGUUAAGGUUUUAACGACAUCGAAAACAGGUCAGAUGCUAUAUAUAUGUGUAUAUUAUAUAGAGGUGUGUGUGUGUGUGUAUAUGUGUGUGUGUAUAUAUAUAUAUAUAUAUAUAUAUAUAUAUAUAUACACACACACACACACAGCAUGUCAUACAAAGGACAGUAUUGAAGCAUGGCCUCAACAGUCAUAAUGUGAAGGAAAUGUUUUAAGUUGUUAAAUGUUAUUGAAAGACAUUUAGUGGAAAGUGUCUUUCAGCAAACAAAAAAAAAAAAAAAAGCUUUUCAGUAUUAAAAAUGAAAGUCCGUUUUAGACGACAGAAGAAUCUCAGCACCUACACCCAAUGUAGUUAUGUGGCAGACAAGACGUGGAGCUGUUCCGCCUGGCAAUGUCAGAUCACUAUAUCAGUUGUUAACAUAGUCAGAUUUCUCUGGGGAACAAUCACUCUCUUUGUACUGUACAUUAGGGAAUGUCAAAGAUUUAUACAUAUCUUAUCGGUUACGCCUGACACUAACCUUCAUUCCCUGAAUGCCUCAGGCUGUAGGCUUUUCAGCAACAAGUUUUCUUUUUCUAUAAGUUUCUGAAAUAUCCGACACACUAGCUUUUGUGCCUUUGUGUGCUUUAUAGAUUUAUUGCUAGAGCGUUAAACAAUCUGUAUUUGAUGGCAAAAAGUCUCCACUCACAGUAUUAAAACAUAGCACAUGCUUUAGUAAACUAUUGGGGAAAAAGUGAAACACUAAUAUUUUACUGAUUGUCUACCCUUUUUAACAUUGUGCCUUUUUUAGAUCCAGGAUUCUGAGAAAAGUUCCUCCUCUGCAUAGUUAUCGAAUUCCCUCUCCAAGUCUUCUGCAUAGUUAUAGACCUCAUAAAAUGUAGCUCUUAAAUCGAACCUGUCACCAUGAAAAUGCAGCUUGCAGGAGGAGCUGAGCAGAUUGAAAUAUAGCUUGUUGGUAGACAAUUCUGGAAAACUUGUCAUUUAUUCCCCUGAAUCUUUUCUUCUGGGCUUUAAGAGUCACUGUACUUUUACACAACUUCAUUUCAUAGAAAAUGGAGUAACUACCAAACUUCUAUAUCACUUCAUUUAAAAAUAUGCCUGCAUUCAGGCAUAAAAAAAAGUUGUAAAGUCAUGGCCACCUAAAUUGCAGCCCGCUGUCUGUUGUCAGGCAAGAUGCAUCCCCAGUCACGGAGACUCAGAAGACAGCAUUUGAGACUAUUACAUAGCUUUUGAAGAUUAUAGGAGUUUGUGUAUGUAAGUGGGAUUUCCCCCUGUGAGCUUCGGAGCAACAUACACAAGUGUGAAGUAAGGGAAAGACGUGACAGCAGUAGAGUGCUGGCAGAUUUCACAGACUGGAUACACACCUCUGCUUCUGAAUAGAUGGAUCUAGCUGUGCAACUGAAACAGAGAAUAAUAGGGCUGAAAAAAACUUUAGGGAAGCCCAAGAAAGACCUGUUCACAGUUAUGAUUGUACAAAGAAGCACAGCCAUUAUGCAAACUUAAAAAAAAUAAUUCAGUCCAGUGGACACUCCUUGUCCAGUAACUGACACACCAGCAAUUCUACCAAUCACUGAGAAUGAACUGCCCACAUCACUACUAAGCUCAAAAUAAGAGAAGGUUCAAAUUAAUAAAUUACAUUAUUUUGUAAAAUCUUUUCCCACAAAACUGUAACUGUGUAUCAAUCAGGCUUAUGCCCUCCUGCUCGAUAACUUGCUGCUUGCGGAAUUGCAUUGCAUUUUAGAGCUUAAAAAUAUUAUAUUUGGUGAUGAACAUUCACUUAAAAAAAUAAAAAAAAAUUCCACCAUCUCCCCCCCCCUUUCUUUAUACCCCAAAGCAGGAUACAGAUGUAUCUGUAAAGGACUUUUUUCAUAUACUGCAGUUUAUCUUUGCUCAUACAGGCUGAAGGAGCCAAAGUGAAUGAUCCCUUUUUGUUUACUUAAAGGGGUUUUGCCAUCACAUACAAUGAGGGCAUAUCGCUAGGAUAUGCCCCCAUUGUCUGAUACAACGAGAACGGAGUGGGGAAAUUAAUGUAGGGCACACUGCGCAUGUGCAGCCGUCCUCCAUUCAUUUCAAUGGGGCCGCCGAAAGUAGCCGAGAGCUGUCUUGGCUAUUUCCAUCUGCCCCAUAGAAAUGAAUGGGAGCAGAGGCCAUGCAUGCGCUCCGAUUCACUUGUAUGGGAGCAUCGCUUGGUGGUGGACGGACCCCGGAAAAUCCAGGGUCCUUCAGCCAAAGCUCUCCCCGCUCCCUUCUCCUUGUAGGUGUGGGUCCCAACUCUCACCUAUCAGACAAUGGGGGCAUAUCUUAGCGAUAUGCCCCCAUUGUAUGUGAUGGGAAUACCCCUUUAUUGUCUACAUGACGUGGGUGCUAGGCUACACCUUGAUGCAGAUUAAGUAGUAGAUCUGGUUUGAAUUCUUCCGAGAUGUUUACAGCUUGAGGAAACGUGGUAGUUUUCUGGAUUUGAUCAAUUAUGUUGAGGCUAGUUUCACAUUAGUGCUUAACAUCUACCGGAGAUGUAUAGAUCUGGCACUUCUGGAAGCUGCCUGAAGGCCCACCAGACCCAAUAACUAUAAUAGAGACCGGCAGUGGAACAUGCCAAGAUUUAGCCUGACUAAAACCGCAAUUUCUCAGGUUGUGGCCGGAUCUCCACCAGUUCCAUUAUGGUUAUUGCGGCCGGCGGGCCUUCAGGCAACUUCUGGCAGUGCCGGAUCUUGAUAUCUCCGACAGGCUGCUCCCUUCCGGACAAGCCUGCAGGAGAUGUUAGGCUAGUUUCACACACACGCAUUGGGUGUGCUUAAGAGUAUUAUUUCUUUCUUAUACUGUCUGCAAAAGUGGGAUUAUCCUAAUAAAGAAUGGCCCUCCAGCACUACAGUAAACAUAAAAAUUGUCACUUAUUUAAAAGCAUCAGGGGCAGCACCAGUAGACACAUUUCAAACAAAGAUAGACUUGUUCUUAGUUAUAGCUCAUGUACAUUUUUAAGUAAAUCAUUAGUCUUGUAUUGAUUAUUGUAAGGUCUGAUGGUUUUUUAUCUCUUAACUUAGAUAUGCAGUAUCCUGCCAAUUGGCAAAAGCCACCACUGAAAGAAGAAAUAUUACUCUUACAGCUAGGGUUUGGGGCUUUUAGUCUCUUUUGUGGCUUUUUACCAUGGCUCCAUACUGGUGGGGAGAAUUGUAUUUACUUUGGUUAUAACCACUGAAGCAGAACCAGAGGUUUGGUGCCCCUGUUCUAAAGAAUCAAGAGUGUUCUUAGUUCAAUAAUGACCUAUUUCUUUUACUAGAAUAUGUGCAUAUCUAUGAUAUAACUGUGGCUGAAACCUGUCAAGUAUUCUAUAGAUAUAAAAAGACUAAAGAAAUGUGCAUAGAAUUUUCUAGAAGAUCUCAGGAUAAUGAUAAACGGACCAAAUGUUACAUCCCAGAUGUACAUACAGUCCUUUUAAACCUAGUCAUGGAGGUCAGCCCUCGGCAACCAGAUUUUCUCUUCCCCUCUCUGAAUCUUGACCCUUUAGCUCUAACAUUGUGAAAAUCUUCUCUACUGUCCCACCCUUAACAUCCUAACCACAUUUUGUCAUUGUUUGGUCUGAACUUUAUUUUGUUGUCCUACAGUAACAAGUGUUUUUAGAAAGUCUGUUACAUUGCUCAAAAUUCCUUCCAUAAAUUUGAAAGAUAACAUGCUGGCUACCUGCUACCGCCACUAGAAGUUCACUACAUAUUGUCCUAUCAGUGAGUUUAAGGGAAUUUCUAGGGAUUAAAUAUUGAUGACCAAUCCUCAGGAUAAGUUAACAAUAUCAGAUUGGUGGAAGUCCAACUCCUGGCACCCCUGACGAUCUUCUGUUUGAAGGGGUUGGACGAGUGCUGCGUCCUCUUCAUAGUAUACUAAGCACAACAGUGUGUAGCUGCUGUGCUUGGUAUUCAAUGCAAUCCUAUACAUUUGAAUCAGACAGAGCUGCUUAAAGGUCGUGUAACCGAUGGGUGUCGCACGCCAAGGAAGAGGCCACAGCACUCACCCGAGCGCUUCAGCUCCUUUCAAAAGCUGAUUGGCAUGAGCGCUGAGAGUCAAACCAAAUAUUAGUGGCCAUCAAUUCAGCAUGGGCACCCUACACCCCCGCCAAAGUAGUUCUGGCACUGGAACAGCACAGCUCCAGAAAUUGUGUACUGGACGGAGCUGGUUAUUACAGUACUGCUUCCAUUGAAGGAAAUGUAACCUGCUACAUCCACUACACAGUGUGUAGUUCUGGGAACUAGUGUCAGAACAGCUGAUCUGUGGAGGUGCAGGGUGUUGUACCCCAGCCAAUGUGAUAUUGAUUGCCUAUCUCAGGGAUAGGCCAUCAGUAUUAAAAUCCUGAACAGCCCUUUUAACAUAUGAUAGCAUGUAGUUAGCUCCCAUGCACCCUUUAGUUGUGGCUGCCAUAUUAUGGCAAGACAGGGGAUUUUAAGCUCUGUAUUGGUGGAAAAAAAGUUGUAUUAUAUAUUAAGAAAUUACUGAGCACAUCAUUUAGAGCCUAAUAAAAUGUAAAAAAAAUGCUGGGUGGAGCUUUACUUUACUUUAAAGGGGUUUUACGGGUUCAGAGUUGAACCCGGACAUGCCUCCAUUUUCACCCCGGCAGCGCCCCUGACUUGAG